GUAAUCGUGCUUCCUGUCACUAGCUUUGCGCUACUUCAGGUUACGGCUGUUCCUGGCCCUCUGCUCCGUCGUUGAGCUGCACUCAACUAGACGGUUCCUCUUCUGGUCGCCUUUACAGCUGUCUUCCCUUUCGGCUUCCCUGAGAAGCACCGAAGAAAUGAUUGUAGUGAGUCGAUAAUUUGACCAUUGUAUUUUUUAAGCACUUGUAACAACUUGAAAGUGAGCGGAACUGUUGGGUCGUCACCAUGAGAAGUAGGAGCAACUCGGGCGUUAAACUGGACAACUAUGCCCGGAUAGUGCACCAAACUAUCCUGAAACACCAAGAUCCAGUAACGGGUCUUCUGCCAGGCAGCCCAGAUCAGCCAGACGCCUGGAUCAGGGACAAUGUUUACAGCAUUGUGUCAGUGUGGGCCCUCAGUCUUGCCUACCGGAAAAACGCUGACAGGGAUGAAGACAAGGCCAAGGCCUACGAACUGGAGCAGAGUGUAGUAAAGCUAAUGAGAGGUGUCCUGCAGUGCAUAAUGAGGCAGCUGGAUAAGGUGGAGAAGUUUAAAUAUAGCAGAAGUACUUCAGACGCGCUUCAUGCCAAGUACAACACCAGGACCUGUGCUACUGUUGUUGGAGACGACCAGUGGGGUCAUCUACAGGUUGAUGCCACCUCACUCUUCCUGCUGUUCCUCGCUCAGAUGACUGCUUCUGGACUUCAUAUUAUCUACACCCAGGAUGAAGUGGACAUAGUUCAGAAUCUCAUGUUCUACAUUGAGGCAACUUACAAAGUGGCAGAUUAUGGGAUGUGGGAAAGAGGAGACAAAACCAACCAGGGCAUAACUGAGAUUAACGCCAGCUCUAUAGGCAUGGCCAAGGCAUCUCUGGAGGCAUUGGAUGAACUCAACCUGUUUGGAGCAAAAGGAGGGCCUGGAUCUGUGGUCCAUGCUUUGGCUGAUGACAUACAGCACUGCCAGUCCAUCCUGACCUCCAUGUUACCCAGAGCAUCCAUGUCUAAAGAGGUGGAUGCCGGAGUCCUGGCCAUCAUCUCAUACCCUGCUUUUGCUGUCGAGGACAUGAGCAUAGUCAACGUGACCAAGGAGGAGAUCAUCUCUAAACUGCAGGGUCGAUAUGGCUGCUGCAGGUUUCUCAGAGACGGACACAAAACACCUAAAGAGGAUCCAAACAGACUGUAUUAUGAGUCUGCGGAGCUGAAGCUGUUUGAGAACAUUGAAUGUGAGUGGCCGCUGUUCUGGACCUACCUCAUACUGGAUGGCAUUUUUAUCAACAGCCUUGAACAGGUGCAAGAGUAUCAGGAGGCCCUGGAGGGCAUCUUGAUCAAACGCGAAGAUGGGAUAAGACUGGUGCCAGAGCUUUACAGUGUCCCUGCAGAUAAGGUGGAGGAGGAGUAUAUGAACCCUCACUCUGUGGAAAGGAUUCCUAUGGGCAAAUGUCCUCUCAAAUGGGGACAGUCUCUGUACAUCCUAGGAAACCUUUUAAGUGAGGGUUUUCUAGCCCCCGGAGAGAUUGACCCUCUGAACCGGCGUUUCUCCACCAUCCCCAAGCCUGAUGUGGUCGUACAGGUGUCAAUCCUUGCAGAGACUGAGGAGAUUAAAGAGCUGCUGAUGAAGAAUGGUAUCGAUGUGGAAACGGUUGCUGACAUCCAUCCCAUCCACGUCCAGCCCUCCAGAGUCCUGAGCCACAUCUACGCCAGACUUGGUCGUAACCCAAGGCUGGGUCUCACUGGGCGGCCCUACAGGAGAAUCGGAGUGCUGGGAACCUCAAAGUUCUACAUCAUCAGGAACGCCAUCUUCUCAUUCACACCUCAGUUCAUCGACCACCAGCAGUUCUACAUGGCGUUGGACAACAAAAUGAUCGUGGAGAUGCUGAGGACAGAGAUCGCCUACCUCUCAUCCAGAUGGAGAAUGACUGGACGACCCACUGUCACUUUUCCCAUUUCACAGUCUAUGCUCACCGAAGACCACACAAACCUGGACCCCGCAGUCUUAGCAACACUGAGGAAGCUACAGGAUGGAUAUUAUGGAGGUGCAAGGAUUCAGACGGGGAAGCUGUCAGAGUUCUUUACCACUUCCUGUUUUGCUCACCUCAGUUUCCUGGAUAAAGGUCCUGGCACCAAGGGCCAGCAUGAAGAUGCUGAUGAUGGGAGUAGCGGCGAUGGUUACGUGUAUGAGUUGCGUCAUGAUGAUGAGGCUGAUGACCUCGCUCAGUACCUGGAUCACCUCUUGGCCCACGCUGCUCCCAAGAAGCCCAAACGGCAGGUCAUGGCCCUGGGCAGAUUCAAGGCUGUGGCCACCAAAACCAAGGAGAUGGUGUCUCUUAUGAACAAAGCUCAGGACCUCAACAUCCAAAAUAUUAACAUGUACCUGCCAAACAAGCUGUUUCGCUCUUCUCAGCCAUCACUCAACCUCCACCUUCCAGAUUCGUCUGCACCACAGCAAACCCAGACCCCAGAGAUGGCAGUCGCACAAGACAGCGGCAUCCCCAGAGAUGCGAGUGGAGCUAUUGAUUACAGUGCCUUGGCUCAGCUGCUAAAAGACACACAGAAUCUCCAUGACCAGGCUGACAUCCUUUAUGUCCUCUUCAAAGACAUGGGAAUGGACUGGGACACCCAGCUGCACGGUAAAGGCUCCACAGUCAAAUCUCUGCUGACUGACCUUUAUGAGAAGGCAGGCGAACUCAAAAACUGGGGCGUGAUCCGGAUGAUCUCUGGCAUGUUGAAGAAGAAGGUGGAGGAGCUCGACUCGGCCUGCUCCGAUUUGCUGGCGCACCAGAAGCACCUGACGGUGGGUCUACCCCCUGAACCCAGAGAGAAAACCAUCACUGCUCCGAUACCUCCAGACCAGCUGGCUGCUCUCAUCGACGAGGCCAGUGGAGACAACAUCACCGUGGCCGUACUGACUCAGGAGCUCAUGGUCUACCUGGCUAUGAGUAUUAGGACACAGCCGAGUCUGUUCAGUGAGAUGUUCAGGCUCCGUAUCGGUCUCAUCAUCCAGGUCAUGGCCACUGAGCUGGCCCAUUCACUCAGCUGUUCAGGAGAGGAGGCGACAGAGAGUCUGAUGAGUAUGAGUCCAUCAGAACUGAAGAACCUUCUCCACCACAUCCUCAGCGGGAAGGAGUUUGGAGUACAGCGCAGUGUGCGAGAGACGGAUGCCAGUCCUGCCAUCUCCAUUCAUCAUCUGGGCAAUGUUGGCGCCACCAAGAGCGAGAGAGCUGGCAUCAGCAGACUGAAGAGCGAAAUGAAGAUGCUGGAACACAGAUUGUCUUUGAUGGAUCCGAGUAAGGUGAUGAUGGUGCAAACAUUGGCGGAGCACAGGUUGUCCUUGACGGAUCCAUUUAAGGAACCAAGGUUGUCAUUGACAGAUCCAGUUAUGGAGAUGGACCGCAGGAUGUCUUUGCUUGACUCAGUUAAGCUCGACCCGUCACUGACCUCUCCUCACAAGACCAUGCGAUCUCCAUCACUGGAAGUAGAAAACAUCGGAUUUGCGAAAUACAAACUGCCUUCCAUGGAAUCUGUGGACAUUCCAGAAUCCAUUCCGAGUGUCACGGAUACCAGACACGGCCAGUGGCUGCGCAGGAGACGUCUGGACGGAGCGCUGAACAGAGUCCCUGUCGGAUUCUACCGGAAAGUUUGGAAGAUCCUGCAGAAGUGUCAUGGCCUGUCCAUAGAAGGGUUUGUCCUUCCUUCUUCAACCACCAGAGAGAUGACCCCAGGAGAAAUCAAAUUCUCUGUCCACGUGGAGACUGUCUUGAACCGUGUGCCUCAGCCUGAGUACCGACAGCUGCUGGUCGAAGCCAUCCUGGUCCUCACCAUGCUGGCGGACGUAGAGAUCCAGAGUAUUGGCUCCAUCAUCCACGUGGAGAAGAUCGUCCAUCUCGCCAAUGACAUGUUCUACAAGGAUCAGAUGGACCUGGGAGCAGACGAGGAGAUCCUAGAGAUGGACCCGUCCACCGGCGUGUGCAGGCUGCUGUAUGACAGCGCCCCCAGUGGCCGCUUUGGGAGCAUGACUUACCUCACCAAGGCUGUGGCAGUGUACGUGCAAGACUUCCUGCCCAGCGGCUCAUGCGCUGUGCAGUGAGGGGACGUGAUGAGAAUCUAGAGAAGAAGUAAAACCGCUGGUAGAAAAUGAUAAAGCUCAGUCACACAACAUUUUUACAUUAAAGUAACCUUGAAUUAACUUGUUCUUAUAUUGUCACUGUGUGCAGUGGGGUAUGGCUGAAACAAGUGAGCCUGGAUGUUACACUAGGUUUGCAUUCUCACUUUCAGCUCCCCCAGGUAAUGUCUUGAGAAUCUCAGAGUUCCAGUGCAUGUCUGAAAAGGGCUUAUGAGACUGGUAUUGAUCUUCUCAUCUAACUCUCAACAAGAAAGUGAGUGUGUGUAUUUAAAUGUUGAACUUGUCACAUAAAUAGGUUUUAUCACUGCGAGUGUGAGAUGGUACAGAAACUAUUAAAACUGUUGCCCACAAGUAAAUUUGUAGGUUAUAGCUGUGGAAUAGCUGUCUGAUCAAACUUUAACAUCCUCAGUGUUUCACCCCUUGUUUGGGGACUAUCUUCAGCUGCGGAUUAAUGCACAUUUGGUGCACCGGGAAGGUGUAUGUGGGAUUGAGUCAAAAUACACUACAGCGCAUGUGUUCAUCUACAUGUCACACAGUGCAACAGUGUGGCUCAUUGAUGAGUUUUGAUCAUUUGUGGAAAUCAGUCGAUCUCUAUGGCCCACAAAAAUAAGAUACAUCAGGCUUUGCUUACGCACACAAUAACUGCACUUUAAGGAUCAAUUCAUUGUUGCUUUUGCUAUUUUGUGAGAUUCAUGGACAAUAACAAAAAUAUAAUGGUGCGUAUCCUCUUAAGUCAAAGAUUCUUUUCUGUCCUCAACACAUUAGUCAGUGUCAAUUGUAAUGUAACAUUUAGAAUGUAUUAAUUAAACCAGUGGAAUUGAAUGUUUUCACCCUGACACUCAAAUGGUUUAGUUUUCCUACAACUGAGUGACCACUGACAUGAACUUUCAACUCAGUUUACACACAGCUGUUAAACCAAAUUAACUUUAGAGACUGAAAAACAAGCAUUUUCUCAUGUGUAUGCUGUAUAAUGUAUAAAAUAAUGAUGCAAAUUACAUAAUCUGUAUUUUAAGAGCUAAAAUAGAUGUAUCUUAAAGAGGACACAGGUUAUUUUGAAUGCCUUAACAUUGUUACACUUCUAAUAAUAUGACUGGAUAUGUGCGAGUGAAGCUAUAGGAAUGUUUUAUUUUUAACUAUGCAAAACUAGCCUUAGAAAUUGUGCAGUAAUAAAAGGUACCUCAUUUUCAACAUUAACACAUUGUUCAGUAUGUAGUUACUUAGUAGUGAAUGCAUUGCAGUGAUUUCUAAGUCACCAUAUUAUGUGCAGUUUAGAUUUUUGCCCUCUAAAAGGGGAAAUGCCUUAAUUUACUGCUGUAAUAGAGAACUGUAAUUUUGGUUAUUUUAGUAUAAUUACAGUAACAGUCAGCUGUUUACUCACAUCUGCUGUUUUACAUUGGUUUAGAUGCAUUUCACCGUCAGCAGUUAGAUGUACAAGUGUUUGACUUAUUCACUGAGUAGUGCAUUCGGAGAUAAGGAGAAUAAAUUGAAGGUAACUCAACAGCAGUUGGUGUUAAAGGUGUGUUGCUUCUUGCUUAAAUACACAACAACCAGCUACUGUUACUGUGUCAUAUCCACCACACUCCACAUGAACUACAAACGACACAGAGUCAGAGUUUAAAAAAGAUUUUCAUGUUACUUCAUAACAGCAUCCACUGAACAGAACAGUUGUUGAGCUUUUGAUAUUUAUCUAAAAACCUGAUAGCUUUUUUUUUUUCUGGAGCUUUCAGCUCUUCUCGCUGGCUCUCCGUUUUCCAGACCUUUUAGCCGAAGAACACAAUAUUCAGUUUUCAUGGAACCGGAUCUGUUGCCAUACAAGUUGAGAAGCUGUUAUGAUUUCUUGAUCUUGCAGGCUUAAAGAAGGCUGGUUGAAAGCUCCAGAAAAAAACUAGUAAAUUAUCAGAUAUUUGUUGGAUGUUAUCAUGCACUAACGUGCCAAUCUGUGUUAAUAAAUACUUGUCAUAAUCCCUCAUUUAUUUGUUCUUUGAAAUGUUGACAAUAUCUGUUCUUUUAAUUGUGGAAACUAGUUGUUUUGAAUGUGUUAACUCUACAGAGCUCUAAAUAUAUGUAUAAUAUAUGAAGUGGAGCAUUGAACUUUGACUAAAGUAUCCAGCAGAUGGCGCUACAUCUAUACAGACUGAUUAGAGUGUCAUAACUUCAAGGCUUCAGGUCAGGGCCUUUUGUAACAUUGUCAACAUCUUAUCUGGUGUAUGAAGUGAUUUUAAAACAAUAAAAUAUAGUGGAUGUCUUCACGGCACAGUUAGUGACAGAUAUGCUUUG